AUGAGUUCUUAAUAAAAUAAAUAGAAAGAUGUUGUCAAUAAAUAAAUGACAUUUGCACUGAAUCCAAAACCAGAUUUUAACAUAACUGAUCCAAUCAAAAUUAAUAAGACCAAUGCUAAUGAUCCUAACUAUGCCAAAAGUGAGCCAUCUUAAAAAUCAACUAAUUUAGUAUCUAAUUCAAACAUUGCAAUAUUUUAAGACAUAGAAUAAUAAAAGUAAAAUAUUGAGUCUAGAUGUUUAAAGAAAUAAAAUAAAAUUAAGCAUAUAGCAACAAGAUCAAUUGCUGGAUUGAAAGCCUACACUAAAGCGUUUAAAGAUAAUUAAGAUACUUUAUUCUACAAGCUGGAAAUCAAUAAAUAAACUGAUAAGAAUAUAUUCCUUUUGGCUGAUGGUCAUGGUGAUUAAGGAGCAAAAGUAUCCUAAUUUGCAAUAAAACAACUUUCUGAUUAUAUUUUUGAUAUGAUAGAAUCUGCGAACACUCAACCAAAAUUUGUGGAGUAAAUUAAUUCCAAUCUCAUAGCAUCCUUCUAAAAAAUUGAUUCCAAUCUAGCAAAUUUAUCCAAUAUCGAUAUUACUGAUAGUGGUACUACAAUGAAUUUGGCUUUAACCUUUGAAAAUUAUUUAAUAUCUGCUAACAUUGGUGACACAAGAACAUUUUAUUUUUAAAGGAGUGAUAAACCAGAUUAACUUGGACCUGCUACUUUUAAAAUAAAGCAAUUAUCAAGUCAGCAUACUCCUGAAAAAGCAACAGAAUCACAAAGGAUUUUGGAAUCAGGUGGAAAAAUUGAGUAGGACACUCAAGGUUUUCAAAAAACUGGACCAUUAAAAGUUAAAUCAAAAAAGUAAGAUAUCAAAGGUGUCACCAUUACAAGAUCUUUUGGUGAUGCUUUGGCAAAAUAAAUUGGAAUCAUUUCGUCGCCUGAAAUCCACACUUUUCAAAUUUUGCAAGAAGGUUUUUUAGUCCUAGCCACUGGGUCAAUUUUGGAUAUGAUUGAUAUUAUUGACAUCUGUAGAAUAUUGACUCCAAUUACGCCUCCUAAUAGUUAAGCAGCCAUUGAUUGUGCAGCAGGCUAAAUUAUAGAAGAGGCGAGAAAAAAGGCGAAACUUUAACCUGAUAUAUAGGAUGAUUAUUCAUUGAUUUUAGUUUAUAUUGAAAUUGAUUAAGCUUGA